ACCAUUUUCUUACAUUCAGGAGGACUAGUUCUGUUUGUCAGGAAAAUUCUGAGGAACACAACAGGAUUUGAAAGUGCAGCUUCCUUCGAAUAAAUGUCUGGUAUUUUGGAUCAGAAAUGGAAUAAAUAGGAUUAAAAUUGACAAAUUGUGGCUUUAUAUGUUUGACUGAAGAUAAUGGAAUACUCCUCCUUGGAUUAUUUAUGUAAGAUUGAAUCGAAACGACAACGUUUGAAAUAAACGGUUUCCAGGAGAAUUCAGUAAACCUCAGGGAUAAUGGCUCUUUGGAGAAACGUCGAACUCAACAUAGACAGGAUUUGGGAGUACAGUAGCUAUGAAUCUCCAUAUGAUGCCCAGCCUUCACCUAGGCUAGGGCGCUAUGGGGCAUCCGGAGGGGGUGGCUACUUUAGCCCGUCUCAUUUUAGCCCUUCUCAUAGCUAUAGACGUCAGGCAUCAUCCGGGUCGCGUGACUUGCAGGUGGAGGCGUAUUACUGGUCAGGUACACGGCGCUCAGAAACAGUCCGUGCAGCAGAGGUGGUCCCUUUGCUCAGGGAAAGAAUAGCCUUCCUUUCCGGUGGUCGUGACCGGAGGGGUGGGCCUGUGCUAACGGUUCCUAGUCAAGCCCAGCCAGACAAAGUGCCAUACGAUGACCUGAAGACGUUGAUGCUGUACCUGGCCAGUGUGCCGGAUGAAGGCGUGCGAAAGGAAGGUUUUACAGUUGUGAUUGAUAUGCGAGGUCUAACGUGGCACAGCGUCAAACCAGUGCUAAAAGUGUUACAGGAGUGCUUCCCCCAACAUAUACACCAUGCCUACAUUAUAAAACCAGAGAAGUUCUGGGAAAAACAGAAAACCAGCGUUGGAAGUUCCAAGUAUAAAUUUGAGACCAGUAUGGUAAACAUUGACCAACUCCACCGCGUUGUCGACCCGUCCAAUUUAACGCCAGAUUUUAAUGGAACGUUAGAAUAUGACAAUGAAGAAUGGAUUGACCUCAGAUUGCAAUUGGAAGACUUCAGUUGGAAGGCUACAGACAUGUUGGGGAAGUUUGAUCAUUUACAAGAGGUGAUGUCGAACCCGGAAAUCCCCGAUAACCUCCAUGGUGCUAAAAUAAUGAUCGAAGAUCAUAAUCACUUAAAGGCCAAAGUGUUUAAAGCCCCCGUUGAAUAUAUGGAGGAAGAGGGCCGAAGAAUAAUGCAUCGGAUAGGAGGAGCCAGCGGUUUAUUUGAUGGCAGGCCUCCCGGUGCAGCGAGCUGGAUCGGUGUCAAUCUCGACUUCCAAAGUGCCAUUCCCCAUAUAACGUCGAUCAUCGACAACCUACACGCGUCCCGCCAAGGUCUCACACAACUGUGGCAGAAUAGGAAGACGAAACUCGAGCAAUGCUUUCAGUUGCGCUUAUUUGAGCAGGAUGUCGAGAAGAUGUUCGAAUGGCUUAACCACAAUAAGGAACUCUUUCUAGUCAACUAUACUGAUGUCGGGUUCUCACAGCAGAUGGCGUUAGAAUUACAGGACGACCAUCAUCAAUUUACGGAAAAUGCAAUGAAUGUUUGUGUGAAUAUCAACCGAAUCCUCGACGUGGCUCAGAAACUAAACGAGGUCGGCCACUUUGCCUCUCAGGCCAUCCUAGCCUCCGCGCUCAACCUCGAUCGAGAGUGGAAGAGUUUUGCCGCAGCCUUGGAGGAUCGGAGCAGCGUACUCAUGAUGUCCGUGACAUUCCACAAACGUGCAGAAGAGUAUUUGAACCAGUUUUCUUCCUGGGGUGGUCAACUCGAAGGCCUCGAAGUACCAAGUGAGAUUCCUAAACUCGAGGAAGUGAUAUCGACCCACCAGACAAUCACGGAGAGCAUCAAUCAAGCAUACACUGAGGUCUGCCAAGAUGGUAAAGUUCUCUUGGAGUAUCUACAGACGCCCGUCACUCAGAACAGCAACAACUCACUCACUGCCAAAGCUGAUUACUCUGAGGGCGCCGCCCAUAUACUUGACGUCAUCCACGAGGUGCUGGCCCAUCAUCGACAGCUUGAACAACAGUCGCACACCAAGAAAGUCAAGCUCCACCAGCGCCUCGGGCUUUGUCUCUUCCAACAGGAUGUGAAACAGGUGUUGGAUUGGCUGAACAACCACGGUGAUGUCUUCUUGUCCAAGAAUACCUCCGUCGGGAAGAAACUAUCUCGGGCCAAGGCUCUGCAGAAAAGUCAUGAACAGUUCGAAAGUGUCGCUCAGAACACGAUCACGAACGCGGACAAACUUCUAGUCGCUGCGGAAGAGCUUGCCCACACGGGAGAAUGCAACCCGCAGGAAAUCUACAAAGAGGCUCGGGACCUCGAGGAGCGUAUGCAGAAGUUCCUGCAGGCCAUUGAACGGCGGAGGAAUGUGCUGGACAUGUCCGUUGCCUUCUACACGCACGUAAAAGAGUUAACCUCAUGGUUUGAUGAGCUCAAGCAAGAAUUAAAAACAGCUGGCGUUGCGGAUACGAUAGAGCAAGGGGAGGACCUCCUCGCGCAGUUUCAGCAGCAGCGAGAUCUGACUAUAGAUGCCGCCAUCAACACGACAUCCGAGGGUGAAAAUUUAUUAGAAUACCUCAGGAGUGUUGACAUGGAUGCAGAAAAAGCCGGACCAAACAGUGACUAUGGUCACGUUGAUGGUGUGAUACAAAAACUCAACGAGACUCGCAAUGAACUUGAGGAACUCUGGGCCGAGCGGAAGAUGAAGUUGGACCUGUGUUUGCAGCUGCGGAUAUUUGAGAGAGAGGCUUUAGAUAUUUCAUCUCAGCUCGAGCUGUGGGCAGAAGAGCUUCAACACCUUGAGAUUAGUAACGAGCUUCAGCGGGCGGAACAAAUAUUACAUAUGCAUAACGACAGUGUGUCGCAUAUGCAAAGUACUACGCUGGAUGUGAUACAAAAAGGGCAGGAAUUAUUACAGCUGUUUGAGUCAACGGGCGUCCAGUUGAUGGCAGACGCUCAAUAUGAUGCCCAGACGAGGAUCCAGUUGUUAUUGGAGUAUCUUCAUGACCGGGAAUGCGAGCUUGAAGACAUAGCCGAGAGUAAGAGGAACACACUUGACCAGUGUGUCCAGUUGAAACAGCUGGAGGAGGAGGCAAAACAGGUGUUGUGUUGGAUCCGUAACGGCGAGUCGAUGUUGAUGGGGACCUUCAUGUGUCCGAAUUCUCUCAAGGAAGCAGAACUCCUCAAGAAGGAGCAUGAACACUUUCAGCUGGCUAUCGAGAAAACCCACCAAAGUGCCAUACAAGCCACGCAGAAGUCAGAUUCAAUGUUACAUGCCGAUCAUUAUGCGACCGACCAAGUGCGAGCGAUCGCCGAAAGUGUACGGGAAAAGUGGCAACAGCUGAUGUAUCAUGCCGAGGAGCGUCACAAACUUGUGAUGGCUUCCAUGAAUUGGUAUAAAACAGCUGAACAGGUUUGCUCGGUGCUCGAGAGUCUGGAACGGGAAUACAGGCGUGACGAGGACUGGUGUGGCUCGGAUAAGACAAACGUGGACAAGACGCAAUAUCUCGCACAGCUCUUGGCAAAACAUCUGGAGCAGAAAGAGGCCUUCUUGAAGGCCUGUACCCUCGCCCGGCGUACUGCCGAGACGUUCCUCAAGUAUGUCAACAGGAACGUGCAUACGCUCGGCAUGCAAAUGAAGGCCCGCAGUCCCGAGCUGCAGGUGAAAGGUCAGUAUAUCAAAGCGACAUUGGAUCAACUCCUUCAACAGGAGAACAUGGUGCUAGAAUACUGGACGAUGAGGAAACGUAAGCUCGAUCAUUGCCAGCAGUUUGUGAUGUUUGAGAGGAGUGCGAAGCAGGCCCUAGAAUGGAUCCAUGACACUGGUGAGCUUUACCUGUCGACACACACCAACGUUGGGGCAAACCCCGAGGAGACGGAGAAUCUCUUGAAGGAGCAUAAUGACUUCAAGGUCACUGCCAAGGAAAACCGAGAAAAAGUCAAGUUACUUCUACAACUGGCUGACAACUUGGUAGAAAAAGGACACGCCCAUGCUGCAAGCAUAAAACAGUGGGUUUCGGCUGUGGACAAACGGUACAAGGACUUCGCAUCUCGAAUGGAAAAAUAUCGAGCUAAACUUGAGAACAGUUUAGGUUUACCAGCUGAGCAAACUGAAAAAGAAGAGCGCCAGAGUGACCCAAGCCUGGAGGAAAAGCUACAGCAGACUGCCAAUAAACUCACAGAGGAGAAGAGAAAAUCAGCAAGGAGGAAAGAAUUCAUCAUGGCGGAACUCCUCCAAACCGAGCGAGCGUACGUCAAAGACCUUGAACUCUGUAUCCGGCACUACUUAGCUGAGAUACGAAUGUGUAACGAUAUUCCACCCGCUCUCCAAGGCAAAGCCGACAUCAUCUUCGGAAACAUUGAGGAAAUCUAUGACUUCCAUCACAAUAUUUUCCUGAAGGAGUUAGAAAAAUAUGAAGCCUUGCCGGAGGAUGUUGGCCAUUGUUUUGUCACUUGGGCUGAGAGGUUCUCUAUAUAUGUGACGUAUUGUAAAAAUAAACCAGAUUCUAAUCAAGUUCUAGUCAAUAUUGCUGGCAACUUCUUUGAGGAGGUGCAGCAUAAACAUAACUUGAAUGGUCCGGUGGCGUCAUUCCUGAUCAAGCCUGUCCAGCGGAUAACCAAGUAUCAGCUCCUUCUCAAAGAUCUCAUGUCGUGCUGUGAGGAGGGGAAGGGAGAGAUCCAGGACGGCCUCGAAGUCAUGUUGAACGUUCCGAAGAGAGCGAACGACGCUAUGCAUUUGAGUAUGUUGGAGGGGGUUGAGGAGCCCCUGGAAGCCCUCGGCGAUGUGAUAUUACAAGAUAACUUUACGGUGUGGGACCCGAAGCAGCUGAUCAAGAAAGGUCGUGAGCGGCACAUCUUCCUGUUCGACAUGUGUCUUAUCCUGGCCAAGGAACUCAAAGACAGCAAUGGCAAGUCCAAGUAUCAGCACAAGUUUAAGUUGAUGACGAGUGAAAUUGGCAUCACAGAGCACAUAGAGGGUGACCAAUGUAAAUUUGCUCUCUGGACAGGAAGUAUUGUGCCUAGCUCCGAUUUUAAAUUAGUACUAAGGGCUACCUCACUAGAAGUCAAACAACUGUGGGUGAAGAAGUUACGAGAACUGAUCCAAGAACGCUUCCUCUAUAUGAACUCGACCCUCCAGGAGCCUGUCAUCAAACCAUCUGUGUAUAAACAAACAAACGUCGCUCCUACUAAGAUGACCUUUAACCCUAGGACGAGUCGGGACCUCGAUGAUGCUGCUUCAAUCGAAGACAUGACGUUUGAACAACAACACAUGCACGCCGGCUCCUUGACGUCAGUCAACUCUAAUGCCACUGUAUCUAGCAGUAGCAGUAGUGGGGGAACAGUACGGGCUUUCUCAGACGUUACGAUCGCUGUUGAAGACUUUAUAGCUGCCUCACCCCAGGAGCUCACCGUACAGCGUGGCCAGCAGGUUGAAAUAAUCGACUCUGGGUCACGCGACUCUAUCGAAUGGUGCCUUGUGCGGACGUUCUCUGCUGACGGAGGUCAAUGUGAGGGUUUGGUCCCAAUGGCCGCUCUGAAACAUGUGCCAAAUCUCCGUGUGUCGGGGAGUCGAGCGAGUAUUGAGAAUGACUCCGAAUCUAAUAACCCAGAUAGCUCCUACAAUUUGCCAAAUAACACAUCAGGGACAACCUCCUCCCCGGGCAAUAAACGACGGAGCAGUUUUAGGAAAUGGUUGACCACCCCUGUACGGAAGUUAAGUCAAAGUCGCAUUGAUAAAGCUGCUAUAGAAAAGUCUUUAGAAAUGCCCAAGCAAACGAAACAAGACAAGUCCAAGCCUGCAGGGAGUGUGUUUAGUCAAUGGAAGACUGUUCCAAAGCAUCACAAUGACGAAGCCGCCGACCGAAAGUCCGAAUCGCCGCCACUGGCACAGCAAGAGGACCUGGCGGAGGAGGUAGGAUCCAAUACAGAGAGAGCUGAAUCACCAUCACAGAGUCAUCAUUCAUCAACCAAAUCAACACCACCACAACCCCCUCCCUCGGACAACGACCAGCCAACUGCUGACUCCGCGCUAGAUGAUACCGACGAUGCUCAAGAGGUGGAGCUACCACCACCCAUGGAUCAAAUCCAGUCGCACGUGUUCUCGAACACGUCACGGCCAAACUCGCAGGAAGAUGUUCAUGCUAAACUGACCCAAAUGGUAGAAAAUAUGGAACUCGAGAAUUUUGACCGAUCAGCACAAUCUGCGGAGGAGUCCGCCAGUCUUUCAAACAGACCAUCUGAGGCUUGUGCGUCUGCAGAUCUGACAGUCGAGAUCGAGAACAUGGUCAAGCAGCGGAUGGAGCAUGCGGACAGUCAGGAGCAGUCGGCAAAUGCUGAACCUGAGGGUCAGACCAAGGAGGAUAUAGAGCAAAAAUACAAAAAUAAACGACAAUACGUUCUACAGGAGUUGAUCGAGACUGAACAAGAUUACGUGCGUGAUCUUGGACUCGUCGUCAACGGCUACAUGAAGGAGAUGAAGGAGAUGGAGAACUUACCCGAGGACAUGAACGGCAAAGAUAAAAUUGUGUUUGGAAAUAUUCAUCAGAUCUACGACUGGCAUAGGGAAACGUUCUCUGUCGAAUUAAUGAAGAUUCUAGACGACCCUGACUAUCUAGGAAAGAUAUUUGUACGAUAUGAACGCCGAUUAUAUAUGUAUGUAAAAUACUGUGAAAACAAACCUAAGUCUGAAUAUAUAGUAGGGGAAUACCUAGACACAUUCUUCGAGGAGUUACGAAUCAAAAUGGGUCAUCGAUUAACGCUUCCAGAUUUACUCAUUAAGCCUGUACAGAGAAUCAUGAAGUACCAGUUACUAUUGCGUGACAUAAUGAAACAUUCAGAAAAGGCUGGUGCGGACUGCCGCGACUUGGAGAAGGCACUACAGGUGAUGAAGGUGGUGCCGAAGGCUGCUAAUGACAUGAUGCAAGUCGGCAGGUUACAAGGAUUCAAUGGUAAAAUCACUGCUCAAGGUAAACUGUUGUCACAGGAGACGUUAAUGGUUGCGGAGGUCGUUCAAGGUCAGCAACAAAAAUUCAAAGAACGUCGGAUCUUCUUAUUCGAGCAGAUCGUAAUAAUCAGCGAGGUGAUUGAGAAGAAACGUGGCAACAUUGUCAAUUAUAUAUAUACAUAUAAGGCUAGUGUAAAGGUGAAUAAAAUGACGCUGUCAGAGAAGGUACCCAAUAACCCGCUGCAAAUCAUGAUCAUCGAUCGAACGCCGGGUUCUGAUGCGAAAUAUUAUUUUGAAAUGCAGUCAGAGGAAAUGAAAGAAAGCUGGAUAACCAAGCUUAAGACGAUAUUAGAUAUGCAGGGGGACUUUUUAAAGGCCCUCCAGUCACCCAUUGCAUACCAGAAAACAUUGACGAAAGAAUUGUCAGCCCCAGAAUUCGGCAGUUUGCCACGAAACACCCAACUCAUGAACUCAAAAUUGAACACCUUAGACGAGCCACCACAUUAUUCAACCUUACCCCACACGAUCGGUAUCCCGCCACCUGGACCCAAGGCCGGGAAAUCAAAAGACAAGAAAUAUACGACCAGGUGCCGGUCCGUCCCUAGCCCAUUAAAUCUACCCAUAUCCAAGAAAGAAAAAUCUCCCUCAACGCCACCGAAUGAAACAGCAUCUCCUGUGAAGAAACAUGGAUCACCAAGACAGGAAAAGAAACGUAACAUCUUUGACGGCUUUCGGACUCUGACUCGGCGUUCUCGCAGUGACUGCCCGAUACGCCCGCCGGAAGUUUACGCCAACGUCCACUCGACGCCCGAACUUGCCCAAGAUGACAGUCGAUAUGACACACACCAACAACGACAACACAUGCAGCAGCAGGUCAGCGCCGAUAGCGGAUUUCAGGAAGCCAUCGACCCUGCACCAGCAGAGGGAAGCACUGUUAAAGUCCUCGUGGACUACACGGCUGUUAAGGAAGACGAGAUCUCCGUCAGUAAGGGUGAGAGCGUCCUUAUCCUGACGGCCACUCCCAACAGCUAUGUCGUCCACCGCCCAUCCAACGACCACUCCCCCGCCGCCGAAGGAAGUAUCCCGGCUUUUGUUAUUGUCGGGUGCAGAGAAGGAGAGGGGAGUUUGACCAGAAAGACCUCAUGGCAGUCGCCAUUCAAAACCAAAAUCCACAAGCCCAAGCCUGGAAAGAAGGAAAGGGGUGACUCCAGGGGAGGAACUCUGGACAGAAACUCUGGGAAAAACUAUAAAGAAAAGGGAUCUGGAAAGUCACUGAACUCACAAGACACAAGCUACGAACUGCCACCAAGCUUCCAGCAGACACUCACGGACCAAACCAUCCAGGCGGGCGACACAGCCGUCCUCUUCUGCCAAGUGUGCGGUCGCCCAAGACCCAAUGUCGUCUGGAAAGCUCCCAAUCAGUGCCUCGUGUCGCCCUCUAUGAGAACUGAAUUGAAUUAUAAUGAAGACGGGAUAGCUACUUUAGUACUUCACCACGUCACUGCCGACCAAAGUGGACAAUACGCCUGUAUAGUUACCAGCGAACUAGGGUCCAUCACCACCUCUGCCAACCUCUCAGUCCUAGACAAACCUAGUCCCCCAGGACAACCUGUGAUAAUCGAACAAACCGGGACCUCUGUGCAUUUAGAAUGGGCGCCCCCACAAUUCACCGGAAAUUGCAAUAUUCAGGGAUAUACUGUCGAAUUCACGGAGGAGGGGGUUGGAAUUUGGCAAGCGGCUGUGCCCUAUGUUCCCGAUACGUCACAUAUUCUCGAGGAUCUUGUGCCGGGGACGACGUAUCAGUUCCGUGUCAGUGCGAAUAACGCUGUCGGGAUCAGUGAGGCUAGUCAUCCCAGCGACCUGUUGAUAGUUCCGACAGAUACUGAGGUGCUAGACUCCGAUGGCAGUGAGCGUCCCCGCUGGAGAAAAACCUUCCAAAACGACUACGCCGAAAUGGAGGAGAUCUCUCGCGGCCGAUUUGCCGUCAUCAAGAAAUGCAUUCAACGCAGCUGCGGUCGCGACAUCGCCGCCAAGUGUCAGAAUAAGAAACUAGUCAAGCGCCAAGCUGUCGAACAAGAAUUCAUGAUGUCACAGACACUUCAACAUCAACACCUCAUUAACUGCUUUGAUAUUUACGAGACGAACACCAACUUUAUCAUUAUUCAGGAACUACUGCCAAAUGGUCGUCUCUUCGACUACCUGGCCAGCAAGACCGUCUUUGAUGAACUAGUCGCAGCCGGAUUCAUACGCCAACUCCUCGAUGUCAUCCAGUACCUUCACAACUGCCGCAUCGCCCACUUGGACAUCAAACCGGAAAACCUGAUGGUCGAACUCAUGACGAUGUCGCCAAAGUUGAAAUUGAUUGAUUUCGGCGACGCACGGCAGAUUUACGGGGAUUAUUACGUGCACCCGUUGAUCGGGAGUCCGGAGUUCGCGGCCCCCGAGCUGGUUAGUGGGAAUCCCGUCAGUCUCAAGACUGACAUCUGGAGUAUCGGAGUGGUCACGUAUGUCCUUCUGAGUGGUGUAUCACCGUUCUUGGACGAAAGCAUCGAGGAGACAUGUUCUAAUAUUGUACGCCGUGACUACUGUUUCCCCGAGGAAUACUUCGAGGGGAUUUCCCAGGAUGCCAAGGAUUUGAUUGCGAUGAUGCUCAUAGAGGACAUAAAGAUAAGGCCUAAUGCCAUGAUGUGUAUGGAGACAGAUUGGAUGCUGCGAGCUUGUAACUCGCAUCCAUCUCUUGCUCCGGCUCACAAUAUCACUGGGGCGAGGUUGGCCGACUUCAUCGAAAGACGACGACAUCAGUUGACUUGAAUUUCCCGACGUCCUGUAAACGUUUUACAAAUAAUGAUGCAUGUGUGAUCAACCCUGCCUGUGUGCUCGCAUGCGUGUCAAGAUAACGACAACAACGACGUUGACCUUUGAACCCAGUGGAACUAACGUGAUUGGACGUUUUAAUCGAGAACUAACUGCACUAAGUUGGCAAGGCAUUGUUGAUGAGCUGUUGCCAUGGUCACAAGAUGUUGCUGUUCUUGGUUGUCGAUUGAUUUCCCUGGCACUGGAUUUGAGGAUUGAGGUCUUGAACUUUGGCAUGGCCUCUGACCCGAUUGUGACUUUAUAGAACUGGAUUACUGGAAGGUGCAUUUGUGUGUGCAUUCAAAUUGUGCUAUGGAUGACAAAAUAUGUGACUCUACGUUGCGAAAUGGUGCUUUAGUGAUAUUUAACAAGGAAGGUCAAUACUGUGACCUUGAACAUGGUGACAAAACGGAUUCACAGGGUGUCUCGGAUGUCGUUUCAAAUUGGCAACGUAAAUUUUUGAUUGGAUGAAGCUAUUUGAUUCUAAUUUGUGACAUUUUCGAGACACCCUCUACAGUGCAUUAUUUGCUAGAUUUAUUGACUCGAAUGUUCGAACAAAAAAGUGGUGUUGGAACAAACGUUUGAAACUUUAUGAAAAUCUGAAUUAAUUGUGGUGUUCAAAAAGGAGGUGAAUUAUUUUUAUAUAAUUCUCAAAUCUCAAGUCAUUGUGAAAUUUAGCUUCGGCAAAUAUUUGCUUGCACAAUAAAGAAUUAUAUAUAAACUUAAUAUAUUACUGCAUGUUAUCUGUGGGCUGACAUAGUUGUUUUAUACCUGACACCCCUUGUAAUUGAAAAAGUGGACUCUUCUCAAAUGACUAAAUGACUCGAGAAGUGUCAAUUUUUGCUAAAAAAGGGGGUGUCAGGUACUUACUUUAUGGUUUGAGAGAAACAUAGUGAUGUACAUGUAAUGUUAGAAAUGAUUUCUGGUUCACUUGAGAAAAACUCUGCAUUUUCAAGUUGCCUUUUCGAAAUUUCAAUACGAAUGAGUUUUCAGACCACGAAAACAAGAAGGUUUGCCUUAGGGAAGAUUUUCGUGGAAAAUAUUGAUAAUAAAACCAAACAUUCAUACCACGGUUUCUUUUUGUGUCACCCUGUCAGUGGUUCUGAGGUCGGAGCAGAGUUUAACAUUUCCAGAUAAGCAGCUUGGAUUUGCAGACUUAAUUUCUGAGUGGCGCAUCCUGGUGUAAGAAUUCUUUAGUAUGGUGUCCGAGACCUCGUUCACAUGUAUUUUUCUCAUAUUUUAUAUGACAAAGGAGCGGAGCAGAUUUAGGUCUUGGAGAAAUCAAAACCAGAGAAAUCAUCUCCAGUGUGGUGUGAUUGAGUUUGGAUAUUUCCCACAAUUUUUAGUCAGUUACUGUGCAAGGUACAAAUGAUUCGUAAGAAUUAGUGUAAAUCUUACCACAGUGUUGACACAGAUUUUGGAUCUUUUUCUUUCUAACUAGGGAAAGUUGUAGACCUGUGUAGGACUGUAGAAAUGUACACUGAAAUGUGAAGGGUAAGAAGAAUCUCAAUUUGGAUCAUACAAAGAUUUAUUUUAUAUACGUCUCUCAAAUGUAUUGUAAAUAUCGUCUGUUUAUUGUAGAUUUAGAUCUUAUGCUUGACUGGGUAUCUUAGUUUGUCACUUACUCAACAGGUGGCUAUUUUAAAAAAUGAUUGUACGAUGAUUGGGUUGGCACUGAAGGCCUCGAGAUCGAAAAGUCCCUAAGUCCUAACUGAGAUCAGACAAACACACCCUUUGUAAUUGACCUUGAAACCCCCUUGAGCUGUCUGUGGCCGUGAAAUACCCUUGUAUGUUUGGAAACAAUCCUUCCUUCGAAGAUUGCGGUGGCACCCCUGCUGUCAUCGCCAAGACCUAAGUCUGUUCGCGCCCACCAGUGGUUCAUGUUUGUACAUUGCCCUCAUCCAUGAUAACUAUGAUUAUAUAAAUAUAUAUAUAGAUAUAUAUAUAUAAGUAUGAAGCAUAAAUUUGUACAUAGACGUCUCUUUGCCAAAACGGUGACUUAUUGUGUGUAAUAGGAACAAAUGUUAUCAACAGGUUUUUGGGAUAGGAAAGAAAGAACCGAAAAAUUCAGGAAAUUUCAGACCGAGAUCAAUGAGAACUUUGAGACAGGGAUCCUUGAUGUUUAAAUAUUGAUAAUCUUCAUGACUUUCAGAGGCCAGGCUUAAAAUUGUAAAUCUGGCUGGCAUUCAUUAAGUUCAAUUUCUUGCCAAAAUUUUUGAAAAGUUUUAUCUAAUGGACUAUGGGGAAUGAUUGAUUUCUUUGUAAAGUUGUGAAGUUUACCUUCCUAAGAAGUUCUAGAAUGAACAAUUUCAAGAUACAGGGUGUUAAAGAAUAUUGUUGCUACUUUUUAGAGUGAAUAACAUUUUAAAAAAAAAUAAGGAUGUGGAAAUAUUUUCGAGCUAUGAUAGGAGGAGAGGAAUUAUCUUUGAAACCAUCAUGCAGUUUUCCAAAUCAUAGCUUUGAACCGGAAUUUAUUCAACUAUGAAAGUGAUGAGAGUAUUAUUUGCCACCCUGUAAAUCUCUAUAUUUUUGUUGAAGAAAUCUGCUGUGCACACAAUGUAAAUGUCACUGUAUUGGUAUAUUUAUUAAUGUCGGAGUUUUCAGGCACUCUUCUCGCCCCCUGGCGGGAACCGCUUCAUUUGUGGGCACCACCCUGCCCUCUGGAGGGAAUCGGCAUCACUAUGUGCUGUGCACAUUCUCAUUGGCAUUAGCGCGUGUGUAAUAAUUCAUGUAUUUUAUGAAAAUUGGUAAAUUUCACAAUCUUUGAGAAAAGAAUAUUCAAUGUAGCGUUGUGAAUAAUUUUGGAUUAUUGUCCAGUUUCUCAUGGUGGUUGCUAUCGUCAAGACCACUGGUUGCUGGGUGCGUUACCAUAGUUUUAGAAUUAUAGCUAUGGAUACCAUGGUAACUAUGGUCACAAUUGCCAUUAUAAGGUAUUACUGACACAAAGGUGACACAUAAACUCACUUUCUCUGGUCGAUGCUUUUCGCCACAUUAUUUAUCCUAGAAAAUCGAGGUGGUUUAAAAUUUUGAUUUACUAACUCAAAUUCUGUUUAAAAAAUUGUAAAAAGUUGUUAGCAAGUAACUACUAAAAGUUUUUUGAUUUGUUCUGCCUUUUAAGUCAUGGCUCAGUCACAACAUUAUUGUUUGUUUACAGACAGUGACUUCUUUGUGCGGUCAGAUGCCGAAUUUAUCUCCUUUUUAGGAAGUUUCUCUUUAGUUCUAGAAGACUGUAAGAUGCCAAAAUGCUACGAUUGUGCAAAUAUAUAUGCUAGAAUACAAAUUAUAUUAAUCAGUUUCAUACGUCAUGGAGUUAAAACUGAUGUGGAAAUAUGUAAAUUACCAAGAUAUAUAUUUUUUUCAUUGCAUCAUUGUCAUGAUAUUGUGGCGCCACCUUUGUCAAUCUUUGUAAUUGAUGCCUUGUGAAUCGUUUAGCUUAGUAUAUAGUUGCAGAUUAUGACCAAUGUAAUGGCCACAAUAGUGACUGAGGCUGCAGAACCUAGCAGUUUCUCAGGAAUCCUUUCUCAACUUACUUGCAAUGCCCAAACUUGUUUGUCACUUUGUGUAUAUCUGAGGUGUUAUUUUCAACAAGCAAAUUGUGUUGAUAAAAGGCGUUGGUUUGAUGUUCAUGUAACAUCAUUUCGACCAUGAUGACGCGUCACUUGCAGUCGAGUGGCCUCAUCUCCCAAUAUUCCUUUGAUAAAUUGGAGUAGAUGUCACAGUCGCCAGAAGUCGGUACCAAAUUUUCAGAUCUGGUAUCUGGUUUCGUAUGUGCAUGAAUGAGCUCAUUGGUGCAUGUUCUUAAUCAUACGCAUGCCGAACCAGAUGCAAAAAACUAAACUUCUGCUGACCGUGCAAUUUCUUCAAAGUCCUCAAAGGAGAAGUGGAUGCAUUCUACCACAUUCUAUCACAGUCCCAAGUGAUACUGGCCUUUAAGCAUCACCAGUGUAUGUGCAGAUCGGUCCGCACAGUUUGUGUCUUCAUACAUCAAUGGGAUUGAUCUGAGAAUUGUCUAUUGGGUGUUUAAAAACUUGACAUAUUUUCUUUUUCAACUUACUAAAAUAGUUAUGUUUGUACUGAUGUAAAAGACGCGGCUCAGAUUCGAGUAUUGGAUGAAUAUUUUAGACCAACCCAAGCGAUUUCACUUGGCGGUUAUGUAAUUGGAGAAAUAUUUUUGUUUUGAUUUGCCAAACUAUGUAGCUGGACAAGAGGCCAGAUUGAUUGAACAAAAAUGAAAGACAGAAAAUUGUCAAUUUUCCUAUUGUCAGUUUCAAAGUAUGUCACUGCUUCUUCAAGAUGUACACUUUGUUAAUAAUAUUCGUAGUGAUUCAUACCUCACACCCCUCCAUUGUAGAUAUAGACCUGACCACUCAAUAUGAAAUACUCACUUUUGGAGCAUGUCCUUUCUGUAUAGAGGGGUGUAAGGUAGCCAAACAGUAACUGAUCAUGACUUGCAUCAAAAAUUCAUAACCAGAAAUGAUCAAGUUCAAAUUCAUGACUUUUCAAUCCGCUCAACCAACUUUUUGAAGCAAAUAAUUGCAGAAUUACAGAGAUUCUGUCAAGCUUGCCAUGAAAUAUCAUUUGAUGAAGAAAGAGGUCUAGCAAUCUUUCUUUGUUUGAAAAAGUUUAAAGAAAUCUAAAUUUAACUUGAUGAUGGUCUUCAGUUCAAGAUGGGAUAUUUCUGGUUAUAAAUCUUUGCUAUCAUUUAUAAAUGAGUAAAUCUUCUGAUAAUAAUAAUAAGUUGCAAACUGUGUGCAAUAUGUAGCAUUUUAAUGGCUAUGUUGAAAUAAAAACAAUUUUACAAGAA